GAUUUUCAUGACGAUCUCUCGAUAUCAGAAUUUUCCCUUUUGUAUAUACACGUGUCUCCUCUGGUCCUGUGGAGAUGAAAAUUGACAUCCACACUCACAUUCUACCAAAGGAAUGGCCUGAUCUAGAAAAGAGGUUUGGCUAUGGAGGCUGGGUGCAGCUCCAACAGCAAGGCAAGGGAGAAGCAAAGAUGAUGAAAGACGGGAAGGUCUUCAGAGUGAUCCAACAGAACUGCUGGGACCCAGAAGUCCGCAUCAGAGAAAUGAACCAGAAAGGAGUGACAGUGCAAGCUCUUUCCACAGUUCCCGUCAUGUUUAGUUACUGGGCCAAACCUAAGGACACUUUGGAACUGUGCCAGUUUUUAAACAAUGACCUCGCUGCCACGGUGGCCAGAUACCCUCGAAGGUUUGUGGGUUUGGGGACAUUGCCUAUGCAAGCCCCGGGGCUGGCUGUCGAGGAGAUGGAGCGUUGUGUAAAGGAGCUAGGAUUUCCAGGAAUCCAGAUUGGAUCCCACAUCAACAUGUGGGACCUGAAUGACCCGGAACUCUUCCCCAUCUACACGGCGGCUGAGAGGCUGAAUUGUUCUCUGUUCGUGCAUCCCUGGGAUAUGCAGAUGGAUGGACGGAUGGCCAAAUACUGGCUGCCUUGGCUCGUAGGAAUGCCAUCGGAGACCACCACGGCCAUUUGCUCCAUGAUCAUGGGUGGGGUGUUCGAGAAGUUUCCCAAACUCAAAGUGUGUUUUGCACAUGGAGGUGGUGCUUUCCCCUUCACCAUAGGAAGAAUUGCUCAUGGAUUUAACAUGCGCCCAGAUCUCUGUGCCCGGGACAAUUCAUCUGACCCCAGAAAAUACCUUGGCUCCUUCUACACGGACUCCCUGGUUCAUGAUCCUCUGUCUCUCAAGCUAUUGACAGAUGUUAUAGGGAAGGAUAGAGUUAUUCUGGGAACUGAUUACCCCUUUCCACUAGGUGAGCAGGAGCCUGGGAAGUUGAUAGAGUCUAUGGCAGACUUUGAUGAAGAAACAAAGGAUAAACUUACAGCUGGCAAUGCCUUGACUUUUUUGGGUCUUGAGAGAAAACUAUUUGAAUGACAGAAUUUACCAUGAGAAGCUAUGUCACUUCUGUCUUUGAACAUGAGCCAUACACACAUCUAUUUUGAAUUAUGUCACCCAAAAAAUGGAAUAUCCCCCUCCAGAUGAAGCUAGAAGAUCAGGAAUUCAGGUUCCAGACCACUCUGGGCUACUUGAGACUGCCUAAAACAAGGGUGGGGGUAAUAUUUUCAAUAUUUCACCUUGUAAAUAAGAUGUUUCAUAAGGUCUUUAGUCUGAAAUGUAAUGUGCUGAGAAGCAGCACGUUACUACAUAUGCAAAUCAAAAGCAUUUAAUUUGAAAGAAAUAAUUAAUGUAUAAGUAAUUAUUUAAAUAGGAAAAAUCCAACACCAGCUUUAUCCUAGAAGGCUCAGGGUCUCUAUUCUGAUCAAAGACAUGGGAAUUGUACCCAAAUAAUAAGGUUUUUUCCAGUUGUAACCCUUUCUGCUAGCCUAGCCAUUCAAUGGGAAUGUUUUUAUCUUUGUAUCGUACACACAAGAUAUGCACAAGUUCAAAGGUUCUAAAAGCCAGUUAAGAAAGCAAGGCAAAUGCUUAUGGAAUAAUUGCUGAUUGAUACAACACAAAGCUCAAAGACGCUUCAGUACAAACUUGUUCUAGUGUCUCAUAGGUGGGUAGAUCUUAGAACUUGACCUGAGUCUGGGAGGAUGGGUGAACACUUCCUUAAAAACUAAAAGGACUAUGGUCGGGCAUGGUAGUACAUGCUUCUCAAGCCAGCACUCAGGAGGCAGAGGCAGGCAAUAGGUCUCUGCUUGAGGCCAGCUUGGUCUACAUAGCAAGCUCUAGGCCAGCUAGCCAAGGAUACAUAGUGAGACCCUGCCUCAAAAAUAAAUAGGUAGGCCUGGAGAGAUGGCUCAGUGGUUAAGGGCACUGACUGAGUUCAAUUCCCAGUAACCACAUGGUAGCUCACAACCAUCUGUAAUGAGAUCCAAUGUCCUCUUCUGGUGCCACUGAAGAGAGACAGUGAACUCACAUAUAUUAAAUAAAUAAACAAACAAACAAACAAAUAAAUAAAUCUUUAUUUUAAAAAAAGUAAAUAAGAGAAGAUGGAAGAUGGACCAGAAGAGAAGGACUUAAGAAAACAGGUUUGACUUCAAACUGGAUGAAACUUUGUUCUAAGGGGAAUUUCAUUUAAAAGUUUACCUUUACCAGAGCAGGAGGCAUAGAGUCAGCUCUGGGGAAGGAGUGGGUAACUUCACAACACUCUCAUUCUAGGCACUUACUGCUCCACCUGAGUAGCUGUAAAGGAACUUGGGCUGGGAUGGGGUGGCAGGCAGUGUCUCUCCUUCAUGGGCCUAUGGCUGAAUCAAACAAUCCUUCCAUAGCACAUGCUUAACCCUGGACUCACUCUUAAGUCCCUUCUUUCCCAUUCUGCUACAAAGUCAGGCUCCCUAAUAACAUGUAACUGGAGCUGCCUUGUCAACAGAGAAAGAAGAAAGCUAACGAAUACCCAUGAUCCUAUUCUUCACCGUCCAUGUCUCGAUGCUCCAUCUCCUUCCUGAUCCUCUUGUUGCUUUCUAGAAUUUUCACCAACUAUCACUCGACUUACUAGUCCAAUCUGUCUUGAAAGAAAAAUAAAGUUGAACAAAGCAACACUUGGAA